AUGGACGCCUGGGCCAACAUCGUGGAAUCCUACUCUCCGCGAUCCAUCGAAUUCAUCGGAACACUUCUCGUUCAACUACUCACAUUCUGGCUACCAUCGCUCUAUUACCUCUCCCUCGACGCCUUAUUCCCCUCCUUCUCGCAACGUCAUAAAAUCCAACCGGCCCCGAAACAACCCACCGGAAAAGAUAUCUGGCACUGCGUCGCGGUAGUCGCGAGGAACCAACUCCUCUCCACGGCCCUCCACUUCCUCCUAAUCACAGCGACGACCUACGCCGGUCUCCCGUCGUCCUAUCGAAUCGAAACGACCCUCCCAACCCUCUUCGAAUUCUUCCGCGACUUCAUCAUCAGCCUUUUCCUCCGCGAAGCCCUCUUCUACUAUAGCCACCGCUUUCUCCAUAGACCAUACUUUUACGUCCGCAUCCACAAGCAACACCACCGCUUCACAGCGCCAAUCGCGUUGGCAGCACAAUAUGCACACCCCAUAGAGCAGAUUUUCGCAAACAUUCUACCGAUAACUCUCCCCCCGCAGAUCCUGAAAAGCCAUAUAUUCACGUUCUGGGCGUUUCUGGGGUACGAGUUGUUUGGGACGGCGACGGUUCAUAGUGGAUAUGAUUUCUUGGGAGGACAGGCAAGGAUGCAUGAUUUGCAUCAUGAGAAGUUCAAUUUGAAUUAUGGAUCGAUGGGGGUGUUGGAUUGGGUGCAUGGGACGGAUCGGUUGAGGAAAAGGGAGUAG